GGAGCACAUGCUCAUUCAGGGUGGAAGGAAGGAGAGGAGGAGGGAAGAGAGAGAGAGAAAAAAAGAGAGAGAGAGAGAAAGAGAGAGAGAAGCAACAGGAAGGAAAAUAAAGGUAGCAGACUUUUUGGCUGCAGAGACUUACCUACUUGGAGCAAGUGGUCCUGAUCCUGCCUGCUUCUAGGACACCUGCAGAAAACCCAAUGAAAACAUAUGUGCCUACUCCUCUUGGGACCAAACUUUCCUUAGGAGGCUGCUUUCCUCUCUAUCCACCACCAACAACAUGGACUUCAAACCGGAGGCAAUUUCAGGGGCUGAUGUACCCACAGAACCACUUGAGCCUCCCCCUAUGGAUUUAGAGGAGACUUCGGGACCUCAACACCCCACAGAAGAUCUUCCUUCCGCCCAACAGCCCAGUCCCGCAUCUGGCGGCGUAGAAGUUACUCUGACACCACCACCAAACAUGGAAUCCAGCAAUCCUGGAAUGGCUGAGAUCCAGACUAGCCUGGGAGAAGCGCAGAGUCCUGAAUGGCUUUUGGACCCACAGGAUUCCAGUCCUCAAGUCCAUACAGAAGUGGGACUGGAAGGUUCCAGGAAUGCCAUGGAGGAGGGUGUCACUGAGCCCCCAAGGGAGCAGAGGAGUUGGGUGAUGAAUCCAGGGAUAGAUGCAGAGGUGGGGAAUGGUCCCCAGGCUCCAUCCAGCAUCGAUCAGAGCGACCCACUCAUGGAAUUAGAGGAGAAAGAGGAAGACAUCGUGGCUGAGGAUGUCCCUGAGGUGGACCAAAUCCAGCUGCAAGGCCUUGUCACACAACUCGAGAGACUCAGCCCCAGUUUCCAUGAUAGUUCUCCCACCUCUGAAGAUGGCCUCCUGCCAGCCUCUGAUGGUGAGGAGAGCCCUGUAUUUGGAAGAGGAACAGAAGAGAAGGGUCACCUCCUCAAGUGUCGGGGUCCACCAGGGGAAUGUGGCCCCUGUCCACUGCAUAUCGCCACAGGCCAUGGCUUAGGGGCACCCUCCCACUGGCCCCCGCAGCUCAUCCGUGGCCCACGGAAAAGCAGGGGCUUGCUUUCAGCAGAAACUAACCCGGAGGACCUGCUCAGCCUCCUCUGCUACGAAGGGGGCAUCCCAUCUGAACCGGAUGCUCAGAUACCCUUGGCCCACUCGGAUGUGGUGGCAGGGAGUGGUGGUGGACAGAAGUUAAAGGCUGGAGAAAGGGCAGAGAUGUCUCUGGGGCCCUCGGAGGAAGCAGAGAGGGAAGAGCCAUGCCAAUGGGACCCAAGGGAAGGGGCUGUCCAGGAAGAGAAGACCUCCUUGGACUGUGGCGUGGGACCAAGCCAGAAAGGAGAGCCAUCUCCUGACAGUGCUGGGAUCAUCUCGCCAGAAGUGAGUGAUAAGAGGAGGAAGAGAACCUCCUACUCUUCCUGGCCAUCCCAUCCAUCACCCUGUUUUGGGCAAAAGGUGACCAUAGCUUCUCCAAGGAAUGACCUCCCAUCCCAGCCCUACUCCUUCAGGCCUCUGAGACCUCUCCUGACUUAGGAAAUCUGUCCUACUCUCACAUGGCUUUUAUCACCAGGAGGUUCUCCCUGACACAGGGGCAAUGAGCCUCACUUCCCAGGGCCAGAUGUAGCCCUCCAGAUGGCAAUUUCUGGCUCUCCAGAGGGCCGGAUCUCCCAAGACUCCCCCAGUGACCAUGCCUCCUUAUCCAGGACUCUCUAUUUUGGCCACACCUCUUUCCCGCAACACUUUAAUUUGGCCCCACCCCUUCUCUAACACUGUCAAAUGGUCCCACCCUCUCACACCCACUUCCUUUAGUCACACUCCCUUCCCACAACACUUUCAUUUGGCCAAACCCUCUUCCUUGUGACACCUCCCUUUCACCACACUCGUUCACCAUGAGAACUCCCUUGACCACACUUCCUUCCUUUGGUCAUGUCCCCUCCCCAGAACAACUUCCAACACCCCCUUCUCCCUGACACCUUCCUUCCCAACCUAUCUCCCCACUUUUUUAAAGGUUCAAAUAACUUCCUUUAAGCCCAGGGAUGGGCAACAUGCAUUUCUUGGGGCUCUAGUGACCCUCCGAGGAUGUGGUUUGCA